UGUGCAAAAAGACAUGUAUUUGGGUGCGUAUUUCUUCACGCGUUAAUUAAUUUUCCCUCCCAACUUAUUUCCUCUGACCGUCGGAACCAAGAACAGCAAGAACGAAGCGAGAGAGAGAGAGAGAGAGGAGCGAGAAACAAGGAGAGAGAAUUUAGAGGCGAGGUUGGAGGAAGAGAGAGAGGCAGGCAGAAUCUGUGGUUUUAGAGAGAGAAAGUGGAAGUUCACAGAGCUGGUGAACUCAGUGAAAGUGAGGGAAAGUAUAGGGGGAGAGAGAAAUUGGAGAAGAGGGAUGAAACACAUUUUCAAGAAGUUCCACAUAGGAAGCAACCACGACCCCAAUCGGUCCAACGAGAAUCCGUCCCCUGCACCGUCCUCAUCAUGUGUUUCCAACGAUAAUCGGCCUCCUCCCGCCGCCCACACCUCCGGCGACUCUCCGUCCAGUCCAUCGUCGUCACCGUCUCCAGGGGGUGGAAGCACCACUCCGGCUCCGGUGCCUCCCAAUCGCUCUGAUUACUUUUCUUCCGAGGAGGAGUAUCAGGUUCAGCUUGCCCUAGCUAUUAGCGCCUCCAAUUCGGACUUCCGGGAUGAUCCGGAGAAGGAUCAAAUUCGAGCUGCCACGCUUUUGAGCUUGGGAAAUCAUAGCCUUGACUCCACUGCCAGGGACCAGGGAGAUGCAGCUGAGGCGCUCUCGAGGCAAUAUUGGGAAUACAAUCUGCUUGACUAUGAAGAAAAAGUGGUCAAUGGGUUUUAUGAUGUCCUCUCUACGGAUUCAGCAGUCCAAGGAAAAAUCCCAUCUCUAUCUGAUAUUGAGGCAAGCUUUGGUAGUUCUGGCUUUGAAGUCGUGAUGGUCAAUAUGACUGUUGAUCCUGCACUAGAAGAGCUAGUGCAAAUUGCUCAAUGUAUUGCAGAUUGCCCUGGCACCGAGGUCAGAGUUUUGGUUCAGAGGCUUGCCGAGCUUGUUAUGGGACACAUGGGCGGACCUGUUAAGGAUGCCAAUUUUAUGCUUGCAAGGUGGAUGGAAAGAAGCACAGAGUUGAGGACUUCUCUUCACACCAGUGUACUGCCUAUUGGUUCCAUUAAUAUUGGCCUCUCAAGACAUCGUGCAUUGCUUUUCAAGGUGUUAGCUGACAGUAUCAAGAUGCCUUGUAGGCUUGUUAAAGGUAGUCACUAUACUGGUGUUGAAGAAGAUGCUGUCAACAUUAUAAAGCUGGAGGAUGAAAGGGAGUUUUUGGUUGAUCUAAUGGCAGCUCCUGGAACGCUUAUACCAGCAGAUAUAUUAAGUGCAAAGGAUACUACUACCUUGAAGCCUUACAACCCGAAUAUAAGCAAAAUUCCUUCUCUCCAUUCCUCCAAUGAUGUUGGAAUUUCUUCUGGAAAACCAAUGUCAUCACUUGAUGAAGGCAGCAGUCAAAACCUUGAAGCUGAGGCUGGCUUGCUGAUGGAUGGAAAACCCGGCUAUGGAAGGACAGAAUCUGUGCCGUCAAGCUCAGGUACUGGAACUUCAUGGUACAAAGGGGUCCAUUCUGGUGAUAGUAAUGUUAGACUGAAUGUCAAUGUAGUUCCGUUUGGCCAAAGCUCCGAGGAUUCCAAAAAUCUGUUUGCAGAUCUUAAUCCGUUCCAAAUAAAAGGAACUGGAAAAAGUUUCGUACAUAACAAAUCCUCUGAUAAUAAAACUGAGGAGCUCCAGAAACCUACUAUUGGGCAUCCCCCUGUACCAUUGUGGAAAAAUCGGCAUGCUUUCAAUGCAGUUCCCCAGAAAAAGGAAUAUGAUUAUAUGGAGGGCCGUUUUCCAAGAAUUAGUCGUGGAUCUAAUGAUCAAAAUGUGGCAUUGUCUUCUUCUGCCAGCUCUACCGUCUUUGAAAAUGUCAAUCCUGGUGGUUCAGGAACAUCAACUGGCUCGAGUAUAUCAGUUAGAAGUGCUGAAGUUGGAAGUUCUUCAUCUAAUGUGAACUCACAGUCAACAUCUGCCAUGGUUAAGCCUAAUAUUUUACCUUCGAUUGAGGAACAGAACAUAAAGCCCAAUGGAGAACAUUCUGGAAGUAUAGACAUGCAGGAUGAAAUGGUCAAUACUGUUGAUGAACGCGAUAAUUUAAUCAGAUUUGAUAACCGUAGAAAGUUCACAUAUGACAGAUCCGUUGGGACCAAUUUGAUACUGAAGGAUCCGGGAAGUCCCAGCCUGUCAAUUGAUCCAAGUUAUAAUAGGUUUGAGCAAGUUUAUGAUGAUGUGGAUGUAGGUGAAUGUGAAAUCCAGUGGGAAGACCUUAUUAUUGGUGAAAGAAUUGGACUAGGGUCGUAUGGAGAAGUCUACCAUGCUGAUUGGAAUGGCACAGAGGUUGCGGUGAAGAAAUUCUUAGACCAGGAUUUUUCUGGCGCUGCUUUAGCUGAGUUCAAAAGAGAAGUACUGAUAAUGCGGCAGCUACGUCAUCCAAAUGUUGUUCUUUUUAUGGGUGCUGUCACUCGUCCUCCUAACCUUUCCAUUGUUACCGAGUUUCUUCCGAGAGGAAGCUUGUACCGGAUCAUUCACCGCCCACAUUGUCAAAUUGAUGAAAAGCGCAGAAUAAAAAUGGCCCUCGAUGUGGCAAGGGGUAUGAAUUGCUUGCAUACAAGUAAUCCAACAAUUGUUCACCGAGAUCUGAAGUCACCCAAUCUUUUGGUUGAUCAGAACUGGAAUGUGAAGGUGUGUGAUUUUGGGUUGUCACGCCUGAAGCACAACACAUUUUUGUCAUCGAAAUCAACUGGAGGAACGCCUGAGUGGAUGGCACCAGAGGUUCUCCGGAAUGAGCCUUCAAAUGAAAAGUGCGAUGUUUAUAGCUUUGGAAUCAUUCUAUGGGAACUUGCUACUUUGAGACUGCCUUGGAGCGGGAUGAAUCCUAUGCAAGUUGUUGGUGCAGUAGGUUUCCAGAAUCGACGACUCGAAAUACCAAAGGAAGUGGAUCCCGUGGUUGGGAGGAUAAUUUGGGAAUGCUGGCAAACCGACCCGAACUUGCGCCCCUCGUUUGCUCAAUUAGCCAUUGCUCUGAAGCCACUGCAGCGGCUUGCCCUGCCCCCACAUUCAGACCAGCCAAGCUCAUCGCUGCUGCAAGAGAUUUCUGUAAAUUCUACACCUUGAUUGAUAUGGCUCAUUCUUCUCAAGUGUGAAUAAGGAAACUCUUUUUGGUUUCCCUUGAGUGGGGGCUGUAUUGUAUAUUUUUGAAAUGUAAAAGCAAGUAUUCAAAGAAAAGAAAAAGAAAAAGGUUGUAGAGGUAAAUAAUAUGGGAUAAAAAAAAAUGUAAUGCUGUUCUGUUGCUACAAAAAGACUGUAGCUCCAUAUUUUGUUUGUACAGUCACCUGCUAUGCCUAUUACUAUUAGUUUGUUCGGCUUC